GAGGAGCGCGCCUAAAUCCUAGAGAGGCGGGCUAAGUAGGGCUGGGGGAGGGCUCCUCUUCCGGAAAGUCUGCAUUCCCGGACGACCACAGUCGCCACUCACCAAACUCCAGCUUGUGAGAUGACCGGAGAAAGUCGGCCACCCUUUCUACCCAUCGGAGAUCUUCAGACAGAAGCCGGAGCUGCCUUCAGGAUGAAAUUAGGACCCGCAGGAGGCCCGUUCCCCAAGCGGCGAAGGGAAGCGUGGCGGGAGCGCGCAUGCGUGGUAGGCUCCCUCCACGUGCGGCCCGGCAGUGGCCUCCCUGCGCUCCGAGGUCCCGCCCCCGGCCUCAGCAUCUUUCCGGACGCGCGGAGCCGCCGGGGAAGAAGGAGGUUGGGCCUGGCGGCUCGGCCCCGCCUCGGCAGCCUCCAAUUGGGCGUGGGUGAGGGCACCCCCUCCCGCCGCCUUCCCAUUGGAGCGCGCGUGCGAGCGGCGCGCCCCAUUGGGCCGUGCGGAUUUGGGCACCAAAUUCAAAGAUUUUAAAAGUACCAGCUGGCGCCUUUUAGAAGCUAGAGCUCUGAGAAGCGGGUGGCCCGUUUCUCUGUCGCGGGUGCAGCUCCCUCACCUGAGGCGGACCCCACUUGCCCUGGCAUGAGCCGGUGCCCCUGCAGCUGCUCCCCACGGCCGCCCUCCGAUUCCUGCCGCUGCAGCUACAGCGUCCUGACAGCCGCCGGACGCCCUCGCCCCUCGGACGGUUGUAAAGAAGAAAGUUCCACUGUCUCUGUCAAAAUGAAGUGUGAUUUUAACUAUAACCAUGUUCAUUCUGGAAUUAAACCGGUAAAGCCUGAUGACAAUAGAAGACAAGGUUCCUACACUACUGCGAAUUUGGAAGGUUCUUAUAAAGACUUCAUUAAAGACUAUGAAAGGUUAUCAGAUAUUGGGUCACCGAUCGUGAGCCCCAGGAUUGUAGAACUUGAAACUGAGAGCAAGCCCUUGCAUAAUAAGGAAAAUCUACAUGUACAGCAAACACUUAAUAGUUCGAACGACAUAGAAGAACUAGAGACCAGUGGACCUUAUGAAGACAGUGGCUACUCUUCAUUUUCCCAGCAAAGUGGCCUCAGUGAACAUGAAGACAGUAGCCUUCCCCUGGUGGAAAAUUUCAGUGACAGUCCACAAUCUUGCCUGCUACGGACGCAAAGCCCAGACCAAUAUCCCAACAAAAACUUGCUGCCGGCUCUUCAUUUUGAAAAAGUGGUUUGUUCAACAUUAAAAAAAAAUUGUAAACGAAAUCCUAAAAUAGAUUGGGAGAAGCUGAAGGAAUUUAUAUCCAGUGGAAAUUUUAGACUACAGAAUAUAAUUGGCAGGAAAAUGGGCCUAGACUGUGUAGAUAUUCUCAGUGAACUCUUUCGAAGGGGACUCAGACAUCUCUUAGCAAAUAUUUUGACACAGCUCAGUGAUAUGGACUUAAUCAAUGUGUCUAAAGUGAGCACAACUUGGAAGAAGAUUCUAGAAGAUGAUAAGGGGGCAUUGCAAUUGUACAAUAAAGCAAUACAAAGAAUUACCGAAAAGAACAUUAAGUUUUCACCACACGCUUCAACCAGAGAGUAUGUUUUAUUCAGAACCCCAUUAGUAUCCGUGCAAAAGUCAGCCACCCAGACUCUCCCCAAAAAAGACGCUCGAACCAAGUUACCUGAUCCAGGUGAUCAGAAAGGUUCUACUUACAGUCGACACAGUGAAUUCUCUGAGGUUGCCAGAACUUUGAAAAAGAACGAGAGCCUCAAAGCCUGUAUUCGCUGUAAUUCACCUGCAAAAUACGAUUGUUAUUUACAACGGGCAACCUGUAAACGAGAAGGCUGUGGAUUUGAUUAUUGCACAAGGUGCCUGUGUAAUUAUCAUACCACUGAAGACUGUUCAAAUGGCAAGCCCCUAAAAGCCAGUUUUAAAAUGGGUCCUUUGCCUGGUACUAAGAAAAGCAAGAAGAAUUUACGACGACUGUGAUCUCUUAAUAAAUCAGUUAGUUGUAAGUGAUCUUGAAGGUUAGUUAGAAAAUGUUAGGUUUUAACUUAAAAAAAUAAAUGUACUGUGAUGUUCAAUUUUAUGUUGAAAUCAGUGUAGUACAUGGGAUUUUUUUCCCCCAGUGAGAAGAGAGGAUACACAAACUCUUAAAAUAUUUUACAAUUUAAUGUGAAAAAAUUCAAAAUUCUCAAUAUAAAUCAGAAAAUUUAAGUAUUUUAAGAAAAACUGUUUUUCUGAUGAUUGUGAUUCAGAGAUGAAAUAAAAUUGUCUCAAUUUUAUGGUAAAGGAGGACCAUGUAAUUUUACCUGGACAAUCUU